ACAUAGGUGCACAUAGCUGUUUAAUUCAGUGUGAUUUCAAGGAAUUCAUGUAAGGCGCAUACAAAAUUCCGAUUUUAUCAACUCAAACGCGAUAUAAAGACUGUAUAAGUGAACAGUGCAGUACAGCAUUUAAAUAAUAUAAAACCAGCUUUCUGACCAAUGAGGAGACGAUUUCGAAACCAAUUAAAAACAAGCAGCAAUAUUACAAUAUCAACAUAUGCAAAGAAAAAUAUGAAAAUUUGGAUAAAUUUCAAGCAAAUAUGAAAGUAUGAAAUCUAUUCAACGAGAUUGAAAAUCUAAUAAGUCAACAUGACUUAGAGCAGCAAAGAAUUGAAGCUGAAAGCUCAUCAACUCAUGUCAAUCACGCAGCCAAUAUUUGCGUAGCGCUACUCCACACCUACACCCACAAGCGACGAGUUCCCGCGAACAACCAAUCAACGGCUGACAAAGCAACAAAGUAAAGUUAAAUUAAAGCACGCGCCUAAAUGUAUGCAACGCAACGUGCAACGCAACUUGCUAAAACUAUAACAAUGGCAUGCAGCGUGCAGAAGCAACCCACUCAACCGCAACACACAACCGCAUCAGCAACUGUAACGGCAGCCGCCGCGAUACCACCCACAAUGGCUGUGACUGCAAUGGCAACCGCCAACAACAACAGCAAUACGAACAACAUAGGCAGCCAAAUGGGCGGCGGUGGCAGCAACAGCGGCAGCAAUAGCAGCAUGAGUGGUGGUGGUGUUGGCAUUCUAGCCGCAGCUAUCAGUGACGCGACCAGCAAACCGCUAACACCAAAACCGCGGGGCUCAUUACCGAAUGACGCAAGUAAACCGCCACAGGUGGAAUUUCACUGGCCACGCAUACCGGUGAGUACGCAUACCAGCAAUCUGCGCCUGAACAUGAUGAAUCAGAAUCCGAUGGACUUGCACACUGCGCGACUCAUGAUCGAAGAGUUGCGUACGAAGGUGCGCUAUCAAGCGGAGCACAUAAUGAAAUUGCGGAAAGCAUAUGGGGUACAGGUGACGCACAUUAUGCAGCAGCACUAUCACUACCAGAUGGAGAAGUCGGAUCAGUUGAACGCGCUGACCUCACAACUUCUCCUGCUGGAGUCGCGUUUAAAACGUAGACAAAAGCAGAUUGGGAGCCUGCUUUGCCAUCGCGAGUUCACUAUACAGCGACAGCAGAAGAUUAUCGAUACGCUGUCGAAUCGUCUGUCCGAUCACGGCCUGGAUGCUGUCGAGGCGAACUUCACCACGGAGCUGGAUUCACUGAACGACUCCGACUCGGCUGUGGUGCUGGAAGAUAUCGACUCGGAUAGCAGUAAUAUGCCGCUUCGCGCAAGGCGACGCAGCAGCGGUGGCGGUUCAGGUGCUGGCUUCGGCUCCAAUGCCACACAGUGCGGCAGCGAUGGCAUAACCAUUGUGCGCUCCAUCUCCGAUGCCAUCGAGACGAAUUUGAAGUACAGCGCCGUGCGUCGCAACAAUUGCUAUUUGCGCCGCCCGGAAAUAUUGGAGACCGUCUACUCAGUGGAGGAAGAUCCAGAACCAACAUCUGAUGUGGCUGAGAAACGUGAUAAGUUCCGCACACGCUCGGAGAAGGCGCUGAGUUCGAGCUCCACGGAGGGACAAAUAGAUAGCAACUCUUCACAUGCACCGGCGCACGCUUCAACACAUACCACAUUACAUCAAACCAACGGCACUGAAGUGGAGCGUACCAAAGAGAACAUACGCAUCACACCUCCAUCACCGCAACGGCAACUCAGCAUUUCCAAACCCCUCGAGUCACCGACGAAGGACGGCUACACGGCGUACAGUGUCACGGUGCCGCAGCUGCGCACCACGGCUGCCACACCGACUACCGAGCGGGUCAGUGCUUUGGCGGGCGCUGAUGUCGAUGGCAGUUCGCCUGGCGUUAAAUCGCAAGUAACGAACUACAAUCGCGUCAUGUCCAACCAUCGCUCGGUGACCAAACCCAAAGAUGUCAAAUAUAAACGUAUCAACAAAGCCAAGUCGAAGAGUCUGGAAGAGUUACGUGGUCGUCUCAAAAAUCUGGUGGAACGUGGCGGCAGCACCGGCAACGGACUCGAUGCGCAUGGCGCCGGUGGUGUUGGCGUUGCACCCUACACACACGGUGUUAUGCCGCAGACUGCACAGUCAUACGCGUGACAAUGGCCAUCAUUUGGUGGCUCCAACGCUACGCUCGCCGUUAUUGCAGCUACGGCGCCGAUUGCCUCCUUCGAUGCCGACAUGGACGACUAUGCAGUUGAAGAAGAAGAGUGUGAUUGCAUGAAAUUGGUGACGCCUAACGAACAGCAUGCCACACAGUCUGCUGCUAGCGAUCAACUUGACGAUGCGUGUGAUUGCGCGAAAAUGGUGGCGCUACCACAGCCGGAAGUCCCAACGCCUACUAGCGGCACCGUGGCGGAGCCCGCAGAAAGAGACUGCAAACUGAGCACUUCCGAAGAGCAAUUGCGUUCGCAACCAUUUUCGCCACUCAAGCAUUGCAUACCCAAACGUUCGUUGACUUUGCCCCGCAUACUCGUGCCGCAAAGCGCAUUCGGCUCAAGCGGCGGUGGUGCGGCUGGCUCGGGACGCAGUGGCGGCGGGCGUAGCGGUUUCUAGCAGAUAAAGAAAUUUUUCAUACGUAAUUGUGAUAAAAAGUGAACAAGCCGACCUUCGCUCCACUCCUCUCAGCAUUCAGCUAUCGCCUUUCACCUCGACAUUUGCACUGAUUUAUUGCUUUAUUUUGUGUACUCACUUUGUAAUUAGCUUUUCAAUCAUUUGACUUUUGUAACAUAUGUUUCCUGAUUUUUCAACUACACCAACUAGUUUCUAUAGUUUUUAGCGCCUAAUUUACUGUGUUACUCUUAAGUUUGCAUUUAUUUUGCUAAUUGCUAGUUAAGCUGCAAGCGCAUUUAUUCAUCGACAAUUACAUUUAUACAUACAUACUUAUUUUGCUUGAGAUCUAAAGCAUUCCAAUGAUCUUGAAGCAUGUAUUUUUAAUUAGUUUAUGCUAGCAAGUAACUAUAUAUAAUUUUCUAAUAAAUUUAGUAUUUUAAAAAUA